CGUGAGUGAUUGCUCAGCCUUAAAAGUGUCAUCACCUUAACAAAACAAAUUCCAAGGUGCAAUUGUUUAUAUCGAAAUGUCCAACCAGGAGACCCAGGUUUCCAGCCUCCCGAUGCCGCCGGAGCGGUACAUCGCCAACUACACGGAGGAAAACAUAAGGCGCAACCGAGCGCCCCGCCCACCGCCGCCGCCCUCGCAGCACGAAGUUUACAGCAUGUUCGGUAUCCAGUACAACAACGACGAAAUGAUCCGGAGUCUCGAGUCCCAGAACAUCAAACGCCUGAUCCCUAUUCACUUCGACCGGCGCAAGGAGCUCAAGAAGCUCAACCAUUCCCUGCUGGUCAACUUCCUGGACCUUAUCGACUUCCUCAUCCUAAAUCCUGACAGUCCGCGACGCACAGAGAAGAUUGACGAUCUGAGUCUGCUAUUCGUUAAUAUGCAUCACCUGCUGAACGAGUUCCGACCCCAUCAGGCGAGGGAAACACUACGCGUCAUGAUGGAAAUGCAAAAGCGGCAGCGCGUGGAGACCGCCACCCGUUUCCAAAAGCACUUAGAGCGAGUGCGGGAAAUCGUGAACACCGCCUUCUCAGCGCUUCCGGUUUUGGGUGAUGAUGACGAGAGUGGCGGGGCAAAGAUUAAAACGGAGGUAGAUCCCUUGGAGGCAAACGCUGCGGCCAAAAAUGAUCCCAGCUAUCAGCACGAUCGUAUGUUGUGUAAGCUCGUGGACGCCAUCGAAUGAGCUGACAAAAGACUGGACAUCAUUGCGAACGGCUUAAAAAAAGAGCUCCUCAUAUUUAUAACUGCUUUUAGUGUAAGAAAUAAAACCCCAAUUGUGUGAUGAGAAUCUUCCA